CAGACUGCGGAGCUUGCGGAGGCUCCGAGCCGCGCGGAGGCUUCGGCGGCGGCGGCUUCGGCGGCGGCGCGAGGGCGGCUGGGCUGGGCGCGGCCCUGGAGCCCCCCGGCCAUCCGGGCUCCGGAAGACGGCGGGAGGACUUGUCCCUUCUUCCCCUCCUCCUCAACACUCCCUUGCCUGUUAUAUAUUCUUCUUCCUCCAGUGCAUAGUCUCAUCACUACCCUUGGGUUUCCCCCCUGGUUUUCCGUGGCCCCUGAGCCUCGCCCCUUGACCUCUCUCUGAAGUGCCACCCAAUAACCCCCAGCCUUCUGGAAGGAAGAUGGCUCUGGUGCUCUGGAGAGGCCUGAUUCCAGCCCUGCUAUGGGGCCUGUGCCUCCUUUUGAGCUUCCCAGGCCCUGUGUGGCUCCAGUCACAGCCCUGUCACACCUGCCGGGACCUGGUCAACAGCUUUAGCAAGGGCCUGGAGCGUACAGUUCGGGACAACUUUGGAGGAGGGAACACUGCCUGGGAGGAGGAGAAGCUGUCCAAGUAUAAGGACAGUGAGACCCGGCUGGUGGAGGUGCUGGAGAGUGUGUGCAGCAAGUCUGACUUUGAGUGUCACCGACUCCUGGAACAGAGUGAGGAGCUGGUGGAGAAUUGGUGGUUCCACAAGCAACAUCAGGCCCCAGAUCUCUUCCAGUGGCUUUGCAUGGACUCCCUAAAGGUUUGCUGCCCUGCUGGAACCUACGGGCCUUCCUGCCUGGCCUGCCCCGGGGGCACGGAGAAGCCAUGCAGUGGUAAUGGGCACUGUGACGGGGAGGGCACCCGACAGGGCAGUGGGCGAUGUGACUGCCGGCCCAGCUAUGGGGGCCCUGCCUGUGCCCAGUGUGGGGAUGGUUACUAUGAGGCCACUCGCAACUCCAGCCACCUGGUAUGUGAGGCUUGUUUCGGCCCGUGUUCCCGUUGCUCUGGUCCCAAGGAGGGUAACUGCCUACGCUGCAAACAGGGUUGGGCCCUGCACCAGCAGAAGUGUGUGGACAUCGAUGAGUGUGGGACAGAGAUGGCCGCCUGCAAAGCCAACCAGUUCUGCGUGAACACGGAUGGGUCCUAUGAGUGCAGAGAUUGUGCCAAAGCCUGUGCUGGCUGUAUGGGGGCAGGGCCCGCCCGAUGCAAAAGGUGCAGUGUGGGCUACCGGCGAGAUGGAGCCAAAUGCCUGGAUGUGGAUGAGUGUGAGGGUGAAGUAGAGGUGUGCACGGGUGCUCACGAGCUCUGUGAGAACACAGACGGAAGCUACCGAUGUGCUUGUGUGGAAGGUUACGAGAGAAGCCAGGAGGGCUGCGUGCCUCAGCAGGCUGAAGAGCCCAAGCCUGGAGGCUUCUUCUCCGAGGUGACGGACGAUGAGGUGGUAGUCUUGCAGCAGAUGUUCUUUGGUGUCAUCAUCUGUGCCCUGGCCACGCUGGCAGCCAAAGGUGACAUGGUCUUCACCGCCAUCUUCAUCGGGGCCGUGGCUGCCAUGGCUGGAUACUGGCUGUCUGAGCGCAGUGACCGGGUGCUGGAUGGCUUCAUCAAAGGCAGAUAGAGAAUUGCCACAGGUGGGAGGGCACCCCCUCCCUCUCUACAGUGCAGGGCCAAGGGUGGUUGGCUCAGGUCCAGCCACUAGGGCUGCCACGAGGAAAGCCUGGAAACUGACGGUGGGGGGAGGCUGGAUCCAGAUGGGAGGCAGCUUGGGCAAGAAGGGAAUGAGCCAGAGUGGGGGCAAGCUGGGUCAGCAAACCUUAACUCUACCCCUGCCUCCCCAAGCCCAACUGAAUCAGGAUCGCUGGCUUCCAGGUGCCGCACCGGGCCUCAGCGAAGCUCAGUGCCUCUCUCUGUCCCUUGGCUUCCAUCUUUGCCCAUGUGGCCCACCUGGGGAAGAGCUGGAGACAGGGCAGAUGUCUCCCUCCCAGCCAGAGGCAAGGGCGGCAGUUUGUUUUGAUGUGUGGGGACUGAGCCAAGGUUCCUCCCUUUCCUCUGGCUUCUUCACCACACUCCCCUUCUCUACCACAUGCACUUCCGGUGGCCCUUCCCUCCCCUUUGCACUGGGGCUUCAGUCCCUCCAGUGAUGCUGAGGCCAACCUGUCUUAGGAAGGGUUUGGAAAAAAUGCCUCUGGAGGCAGGGCCCAAAACUUUAAGGGGAGCUGGGGACGACAGUGGGAAUGAGAUGCCGAAGGGGAGAACGGGUAGUAGUUAAGUGAUUUUUGAGAAUCAUUUCCCCCUUUUGGUAGUGCCUACGACCUUGGCCACACAGCUGUGCCCUACCUUCUUCCUUCUCCCCAAUUUCGUCCUGGGAACUGGGAGGCAGAGGGAGGUGAUCUACGCAAGGGGAGGGCAGCAGAGGGACGGAAUCCUCCUGCAUGCUCCCUGCCCUUGCUUUUGCCCACACUGACUCAACUAUUUAUUCAUCUCAGGAAAAUAAAGUUCUUCAUAAAUCUA